UCCUGUUUUUAAGGAACACGUGCAAAGAUGGUUCGUAAACUGAAGUAUCACGAAAAGAAAUUGUUGAAAAAGGUCGAUUUCAUUUCAUGGGAAAUCGACAAUAAUGUUUCUGAAGUCAAGGCAUUGAGGAAAUAUCAUAUUCAGAAGCGUGAAGAUUAUACAAAGUACAAGAAGCUUGCCUAUCACAUACGGGAGCUGGCCAAGCAGAUCCGUGAACUCGAUGCCAAGGAUCCGUUCCGAGCCGAAGCCAUGUCCCAGCUACUGGAAAAACUACACAGCAUGGGGCUCAUUCCGACUAAAGGCAGUUUGCAGCUUGUGUCGAGGGUGACUGCAUCAUCAUUUUGUAGGAGGCGACUUCCGAUUGUGAUGAUGAGAAGUCACAUGGCCGAGAAUCUGCGUGCAGCAACAACAUUCAUAGAACAAGGACACAUUCGUGUAGGACCAGAGGUGAUCAGUGACCCUGCCUUUCUUGUCACAAGGAACAUGGAGGAUUUCAUCACCUGGACAGACACCUCCGCCAUCAGGAAACACGUCCUUGACUACAAUGAUAUUAGAGAUGACUUUGACAUCAUGGGCUAAUCUAAGAAGCCACUUUCCACAGGAGCGUGUUUUGUUCUGUCUGAAUGUACAGGUGUUUCGGGCAUCUACAGUGACCCAAUUUGCUGUUUAGAGUUGUGUCUCCUUGUAUUGUCAGAAACCUAUCAUCGUGGGUUUAAAUUUGAGAUUUGCCCUGAUUAUGACUGUUGGUUUGUUGGCACCAUACCCAUGCUUGUAGGGAGCACCAUAGUGGUAACCACAGGAACCUGCAUCACUUUGUGCUUACCUCCCAUGCUUGCCGUAAAAGGCGACUAUGCUUGUCGUAAGAGGGGACUAAUGGUAUCGGGUGGUCAGGCUCACUGACUUCAUUGAUGCAUGUCAUUGAUC